AUGCUACAGUACUCCAAGUUUGACAAUAUCGAUACCGAUACCGAAACCGAUGCAGACUCUCCAAACUCGGGAGCCCCACGGACAGAAGAAGGACUCUUCCAAGCCUUUCUAAUCUUGCAUCAGCGAAGAGAGCAACUGGAUAAGAAGAUUCUUGGUCAGUUGCCUGCGCUGUCAGCUGCACUGCAAUUUCGUCCACGGCCACAGUUGCGCCUGAUCUUGGAGGCGGCAGUUGAUGAAUACGAUGACAUUUGCCAGAGGGUUUUGGCUCUCGAUGGAGUUCGGCAAGAAUCUGCUUUGCGUUCAGUCGGGCACCGCCAUGAAAUCUCUGUUUGUCGACUUACAGCUGCAAGGGCUUUACAAGCUAUGGGGUGUUCAGAGGAGGCUGAGGGGCAAAGCACUCAGGCAAUCAUAGCUGCCAGCGUCCCUUCGAAGAACGCUCCGGCCUUCGACGGUUUGAGUUCUGCGAUCAGCAUGCUCUACCAAACACGGGUUGAUGCACUUCUCGUGCGCUCCAUGACGCGCUUGAGUCGUGGCGAUUUCAAUGCUGCUCAUCGGGAUGCCUUGGAUGCCCAUUCAGAUUCAAGGUCCUUGUACUUGCCACAAAUGGAAACAACUGCUCUUGAAAUGGCAAUGCGGUGCGAAAUGGCCUUGCAUGCUGGGGGUCCAGGUGAAGAUGGGAAAGGCACUCAACUCUCUCCAGAAGACGCGUGCAACAUUGAUUUCAGAGACAAAGAGUCCUGGUCACUUUUGCAGAAGGAAGCAAGAUGUGCAGCAGGUGAAACUUCGGGUUUGACAAACCUUCAUUCUAUGGACUGA